AUGCCCAGACAUAUACUGCGACCUCUUCCGAAAGCCUUCAAACCUACACCCUCUUCCUCCUCAAGACACCAACGACAUGAUGAGAAUAUGUGGGAGACGUUGGAUAGGGUCCAGGUUCUGGGUCAGACUGAUGGGCAUAGGGGAUGUGUGAAUGCCCUAUCGUGGUCGGAUGAUGGGAAGACGUUAUUAUCUGGAUCAGAUGAUAAAAGAAUAUGUAUCUGGCAACCUGACCCUCACCCAUCUUCUUCUUCCUCCUCUUCUUCAUCGUAUUCUCCCCAUCCAUUGAAACUGUCCGAUACGAUAUCGACGGGUCAUCGAGCGAAUAUCUUCUCAGCUAAAUUCCUACCGAAUUCAUCUACACCUACGAUCGUGAGUUGUGCGGGUGAUAGGGACGUUAGGGUGUUUGAAGUUGAGAGAUUGGUAAGGGAUACGGCGACAGGGGAAUUGAAAGGUGAAAGAGGUGAUGGCGUAACAAUACUUAAAUGUCAUAAAGAUCGAACCAAACGAAUCGCUACCGAGAACUCACCAUACUUAUUCCUGACGGUUUCAGAGGAUGGUACAGUCCGCCAACAUGAUUUACGUAGACCACAUACAUGUAGAUCACAAUGUCCCGAACCCCUUUUCUACGCUCCGAAGGGUGUGGAUCUGUAUAGUCUAAGUGUUAGUACGGUCACUCCUCAUAUAUUUGCGGUAGCUGGUAGGACAGAUAGUGCAUUCAUAUGCGAUCGAAGGAUGUUACCUCGUCAAAAUCCCUCUUGGGGUCCGAACAUACGUUCAUCAGGUCAAGUUCACUGUGUGCGUAAAUUAGGAUUGCCAAAUGAUGAAUGGGAUACAGUCGCGCCAAAUAAUGGGAAUCGCUUGUUUGGUGAGGAAAGACAUAUUACCUGUGUCAAGAUGAGUCCACAGAAUGCGGAUGAAGUAGCAGUAUCGUUCGCAAAGCAUUCUACCUCGUUAUUCUCGAUAUACGAUUCUCCACCUUCAAGCUCGAUCAGGAAUGGCUCUCCGAUUGUCGUUCCGCCUAAUGAAGGAAGUAAGAAAGGAUCAAAAUCACCUUCAUCCCCGGUAAAGAUCAAGAGGAAAUCGAGAUCGCCCUCCACUGCAGCAUCACCCUCACCUCCAUCUGAGCUAUCUGCGCCGUACAUACGCACAGAUGACCCACCGCCUCGUCCGAUAGACACGCCCAAGACUGCAUUAGACGAGGAAGAUGGAAUGGGUAUCGUUGAUAGGUCUAGUCCGUCUUUAGGGAAGAGAAGACAAUCGGAUAGGGAUAGUAUACUUCAGGACAAUGGCGAACCAAGCGCCAGGCAGAGGAUGUCAGGACAAGAUGAUGAUCAGACGAACCAAGGCAAUGCACAGGUAAUCACCUUGGGCGAACAGAAUCACGUCGAUGAUGGAGCCGGAACGAACGAUGAUGCUAUAAGUCGAGCUGAAGAAGGGCAAUCUAGUAGUCAGACUAGAGUGGGACAUCCUACACCUCCACGAAUAUAUUCAGCAGCAGAUUUCUUGAGGGAUGAGGAUCAGGGAGAGAACGAAAGUAUGGAAGAUAGGUUUGACCGUGGAGAAGCGUCUUUGUCGGAUAUGGAAGAUCUGGCUUUGGAUAUAUUAGAUAGAGAAGGGAUGCUAGAUGUUGAGACUGAUGAAGAUCAGGACGAGGAUGACGAAGAUGAUGCUUUAGACGAGUUUGACGAAGAUGAGGAUGAGGACGACGAUAUGGACCUCGAUGCAGAGGAUGAAGAAGAAGAAGAAGAUGAUGAAGUCGAAAUUGAUCAAGAUUUCAUGGAUAUGGAUCCUGAUAUAGAUAUAUUAGGUUUUGGAGGAUCGAACGCAUCGAGAUUAGAAACUAAAGCUUUCGAUAAUGUCGAUACAAUUUAUCCGAGAAAGAGCUUCAAGGGAGCCAGGAAUGUCGAGACUGUAAAAGAUUGUAACUUUCUAGGCACUCGAGCGGAUAAAAUCUGCUCGGGAAGUGAUGAUGGAAAUUUCUUCGUGUGGGAUAAAGAUUCGGGAAGGUUAGAAGGGAUCUGGGAAGGUGAUGGAUCGGUGGUCAAUGUCAUGGAGCAACACCCUACUUUACCUUUGGUAGCUGUCAGUGGGAUUGAUAAUACUGUCAAGAUGUUCGCACCUACCCACAAGCCUAUCUCCCCCUCUUUCUCACGCAUGCACCUCACUCAAAAUAUCAUCGAACGUAAUACCCGGUUACCCCGGUUCUUACCUGGAGGUUCGUUCGAGAGAGCCACCUUGUUGCAAUUUUUAGCUAGUCGAGGAAUAAGAGUGAGGGCUGAACCUGCAUCGCAUAUGAAUGUUGAAAACGAGGAGAGAAAUGAGGAUGAUGAAGGUGUGGAAGGGUGUGCUACUCAAUGA